AUGCCAGCGCCGGCCACGUGCCUCUACGCCGCCUUUGCAGUCGCCACGCACCCCUGUGCGCGCAUCACCGCGCGCCACUACAGCGCUGCGCUGGCCUCCCCGGGAGUGGUGGCGGUGCUGGACGCCUCGCACCUGCCGUCCGGGGGGGCCAACAUCGCGUCGCUGCUUGUGGGGGCGGUGGACCCACUCUUUGCCGACAACACCUCGCACUUCCAUGGCCAGCCUGUCGCCCUCGUGGUGCGUGCUGGGUGCUGCUGGGUGGCAUGGAAGGGUGUGGAGGGUGGCGCAGGGACAAAAGGGGGGAAGUGGGGUUUGUGUUGCGGCCAUUGGCUGGCUGCUGUGCGUUGGUCUAUGUGGCGCUCUGCACUUGGAACUCCGCUCCGUGCUCUCUCAUCGUUUCCUCUCCUUUGCCACCUCAACACCACACCACCUCAACAGCACACCACCUCAACAGCACACCACCUCAACAGCACAGCACCUCAACAGCACACCACCUCAACAGCACACCACCUCAACAGCACAGCACCUCAACAGCACAGCACCUCAACAGCACACCACCUCAACACCAAACCACCUCAACAGCACACCACCUCAACACCACACCACCUCAACAGCACACCACCUCAACAGCACACCACCUCAACACCACACCACCUCAACAGCACACCACCUCAACACCACACCACCUCAACAGCACACCACCUCAACAGCACAGCACCUCAACAGCACAGCACCUCAACAGCACAGCACCUCAACAGCACAGCACCUCAACAGCACAGCACCUCAACAGCACACCACAUCAACAGCACACCACCUCAACAGCACAGCACCUCAACAGCACAGCACCUCAACAGCACAGCACCUGAACAGCACAGCACCUCAAUCAUUCCUCUCACCACUUCCUUUCCACGCCUCUCCAUCUCGAUCCCCGGUUUCCCUCCCAUCCCUCCUCACCACCCGUGA